AUGACCAAUGUUCAAGAAACAAAAUUAAAAUAUCGUCGAGAAAGUUGUUUUAGUUGCCGAAAAUGCAUGUACUGUGGAAUUGAUUUGCAACAAGAAAAGUGUGACUGCAACUUAUCUAAUAUUCCACAUAAAGAUAAUCAGAUGAAUGCUGUCAAAUAUGCAUUUACACAAGUAUUUGAUUCAAACUGGAUAAAAGAAAAAGUAGAAUUUGUCCAUCAAAAAAUAGAACACUAUAAUUAUUUAUUAAGUUCAAAAGAGGCCUUCAAUUUUACUUUAUGCUCUCGAUGCAAUAGCAUUUUAUUAAGAUUAUCUUCAAAAGCAAAAAAGCUUAAAGCAACAUCAAAUUCUACCUUUGCAAAUAAUGAUAAUUUUUCAGAAUUAGAAACAUGUGAUCUUACUACCCUAGCAAGUGAGCAUUCUGAUCGAAUACAACAAUUUAAUCCAAUACAACAAUCUAAUUUAAUGCAGCAAUCUAAUUUAAUGCAACAAGCUAACUUAAUACAAUAUUCUAAUCCAAUGCAACAAUCUAAUUUUAUUCAACAUUCACUUUUUCCGGGCCAGCAUUAUAUACCAUCUAUAUUUUAUAACCCGUUUUCAACAUAUAUUCCUUUACAAACUUAUGGAAU